AUCUCUCACGUGUGAGAGAGCGCCAAAGCGAAUUGUGUUAAUGUGUUAUUAUUUACAUCAUAAUAAUAUAGUGUGGUUUUAAAUUCUAAUAUUUCAGAAUAAUGUGAGACAUUAUCGUUGUCUAUAAAUUCGCGUUUAUUCGUUUUUGUCAAUUUCUCAGCUGAACACCUUGAUACGCCGUCGUCGUUUUAAGCUUCUUGUCCGUCCGAACGGUCAGCCGAUAACUCUAACUCUGUUUCAAACAAUACCUACAACUAGAAGAUGGACGAUCAAAUUUCCGAUUCAUCUGACGAAUACACUACUGAAGAAAAUGACGAAGCAUUAAUUGUAAAUGGACUUUUUGGAAUCGCCGAUGAAGAAAGUAAUGUUGAGAAUACUACAGCUCUUACGGAAUCGAGUAACGAUAUUAAUAUGGAAGCCGAAGAAGUGGUUGAAACAAUAGUUGAUAAACUUUGUAAUGAAAAUGAUCAACGUGUUAUAAAGACCACCAAAGAAAUGAAUUUCAAUGACAUUAUAGCUGAUAAAAACAGUGAUUCUGUUCAGAUAGCUGAGAGUAAUUGUUUUGGUAGUCAUAUUAUAUGCUCAGGGUCAGCUGAUUUGGAUCACACGGAAUUACCAUAUUCAUUUGCUAGUAUAUCUAAAAAUUAUGAAAAAUCAAAAACAUUUGAUGCUUCUAAAGAUUUGGUUACAACACAGGAAAAUUUAGCAAAUUGUGACGUAUUGCCUGAAUUGGAUUCUAAGUCUGCUGUUGUAUUGUCCAAAGGAAAUUUGCCAUCAACAUUGUCUUUAAUUUCUGCAAAUUACCAAGAUUCGAGUUCUGAUGAUAGUGAUACUAGCAGUGAUGAUGGUUCAAAUAAUGAUGAUCAAUUGAUUGAUUCUGAUAAUGAAAACAGCAUAAUUUCUGUAUCAUCCAGUACAUUUCCGAAAGAUUUUGUUAAGACUAAAGGAGAAUUAGAUAUUUCUGAUUUACCUCCCAUUGAAGAUUUGAAAAUAUCAGUUGAAGAAGAAGAAUGUCAACCAGUUGGAUGUAUAAAAAGUGUUGUUGAUACUUUAGUUAUCGUUGAAGCAUUUUUAAAUCAACCGGCAUUAGAUAUUGACUCUGUACUAUUUGUGGAUCGGGGAAAACGAGCUUUAGGAAGAAUAUUUGAUGUAUUUGGGCCAGUAAUUAAACCCUUCUAUGCUGUUCGUUUCAACGAUUCUAAUCAUAUCAAAAUGUUUGAUAUACAAAUUAAGGAACCUGUAUACUGUGCUCCUAAGACAGAAUAUGCAAGCUAUGUUUUAGUGUCUCAGCUUAUGAAAAUGAAAGGAAGCGAUGCUUCCUGGAGAGACAAUAAUGAACCACCUUGCGAGUUUUUAGAUUAUUCUGAUGACGAAGCAGAAAAGUUAGCCAAGAAAAAACGAAGACAGAAAAAAUGUGCACAACCUUCAGAAGAAGAUGAUGAUACAGUAGAUAAGGACAAAUCACCUGAUCCUCCCAACCAACGUGUGGUCAGGAAUAACUCCACACCAAGGGGUAUGACACCAAGGAGUAUGACACCAAGGAGUAUGACACCAAGGAGUAUGACACCCAGGAAUAUGCCACCAAGGAGUAUGACACCACACAUAUCUUAUCAAAAUUCUAAUAAUCGAACACAACAAACAUACAACCCUCAUCCUCAUAAUCAUGGUAACAGUGAUCAUAAUGGUCCUAGACCAUUCCCCACCUAUGCUCAGCAUUUAAGUUCUAUGGAAUUCAGUCACGCUUACCGUCAACCUUACAAUCCAUGGUAUUAUGAUCCUAUGUACGCACCAAGACAUAAUUACCCACACCAUCAACCUUACAUGCCACCAGGAUAUGAUUACCGAUCUCAACCACCAAUGGACCAUGAUAAUCCACAUAAUCCGAAUAAUCGAUUUCACUAUCCUGACCAUUUUGAUUAAAAUCCUUCAAUUAUUAUGUUUAAAAAUGUUUUUUUAUUGUGAA